AUGCCCGAUACAGCAGAUAGUCUGACACCAGUGUCUGAUACCACAGAGCCUAGUACUGCAGACUUUGGUAGCACAGGGCCCGGUACCACAGAGCAUGUGGAAGCAGAAUCUGUAAAGCCUGAUACCCCAGAGCCUGAUACCCCAGAGCCUAGUACCACAGAGCCUGAUACCCCAGAGCCUAGUACCACAGAGCCUGAUACCCCAGAGCCUGAUACCUCAGAGCCUAGUACCACAGAGCCUGAUACCCCAGAGCCUAGUACCACAGAGCCUGAUACCCCAGAGCCUGAUACCCCAGAGCCUGAUACCACAGAGCCUGAUACCCCAGAGCCUGAUACCCCAGAGCCUGAUACCCCAGAGCCUAGUACCACAGAGCCUGGUACCCCAGAGCCUGAUACCCCAGAGCCUGAUACCCCAGAGCCUAGUACCACAGAGCCUGGUACCACAGAACAUGGUUCUGCAGAUCCUGGUACUCCAGAGCCUAGUACCACAGAGUCUGGUAUUAUAGAGCCUGGUACAGCAGAGCCUGGAACCCCAGAGCCUGAUGCCAAGAGCCUCAUACCCCACAACUUGGCACAGUUGAGCCUGAUACCCCAGAGCCUGGUACCACAGAAUCUGGAACCACAGAGCCUGACACCACAGAGACUUAUUGCAGUGCCUGAAACCACAGAGCCUGAAUCCCAGAGUCUAGUACAGUAG